CUGUCUAUGUUCGAUAGGCAUACAAAUAAUAAGGCUUUGUAAACAGUAUAUCACAAACGUUAUUACAUAGUAGGCCUACGCUAAAUAACGCUUUAUUAUAGGCGUAGGCUAUGCUUUAAAUCCUUUCCUCCGGCUUGCGCUCGAGUCAUAUACCUAGGCCUGUUCUAUAUGGCGGAGGGCGACUAUACACGUUUACAGAAUUCCUCUAAAAAGGAGGGGGUGAAUUGGAUUCACACCUCCCCUUUCUGAAUGAGCUGAAGCUACGUCCGCACUUCUCUCUCUCUCCAUCCAUAGACGGUAACCAACGGAGAAGUCAUCUGUCCAUUUCUCAUACUUUAACAAAACACCAAAGAAUAGGUUUAUAAUGGAGUCAAUAUUUGCGCUAAUCUUUCUCUGUGUAACGGGAACCCAUGUAAACUGUAGCCCGGGCCCGUUAGAAGACGUGGUUAUUGAUCGGUAUGACAUUCCAAGAGUUUGUCCUAGAGAAGUGCAAACGGGAGAUUUCGUCCGUUAUCAUUACAACGGUACCUUCACCGACGGCAAGAAGUUCGAUUCAAGUCAUGAACGUGGUGCACCCUUCAGUGGCCAGGUGGGACUGGGGCGUCUCAUCACUGGUCUGGACAGGGGAGUUCAGGGCAUGUGUGUCAAUGAGCGCAGAAAAGUUACCGUCCCCCCACACCUUGCCUAUGGAAGCAUAGGAGCAGGUGAUGUGAUCCCUGCUGACACUGUGUUGGUGUUUGACGUGGUUCUGCUCGACAUCUGGAACACAGAAGACAAGGUCCAGACACGCACCCUCAGCAAACCUGAGAGCUGCAAGCGCCUCGUGGAGGCUACUGACUUCAUCCGUUAUCACUACAACGGCACACUGCUGAACGACGUGCCCUUCGACUCCAGCCACUCUAGGAACGGUACCUACGACACGUACGUGGGCAUGGGCUACCUCAUUAAGGGCAUGGACGAGGGUCUAAUCGGCAUGUGUGUAGGAGAGACACGCACCAUCAUCAUCCCACCCUUCCUGGCCUAUGAGGAGAAGGGAUAUGGCACUGUGAUCCCAUCCCAGGCCACCCUGGUGUUUGAGGUCUUAAUGAUCGACCUGUUCAACCCUAAGGAUGACAUCGCCGUGGUGGUCAAGGAGGUGCCUAAGACCUGCACCCGUAAAACCGUGGUGGGAGACUACAUCCGUUACCACUACAACGGCACCUUCCAGGACGGCUCUGGCUUUGACACCAGCUACCAGCGCAACAGCACAUACAACACCUACAUUGGCAUGGGCUAUGUGAUCCAGGGCAUGGACAAGGCCCUCCAGGGGUUGUGUAUUGGAGAGAAGAGGCGUGUCAUCCUUCCUCCUCACAUGGCCUAUGGGGAGAAGGGAACUGGAGACAUCAUCCCUGGCUCGGCCGUGCUGGUCUUCGACAUCCACGUUAUCGACUUCCACAACCCUAAGGACCUCAUUGAGAUCAAGGUGACCAGCAAGCCCGAGAAGUGCAACCUGACCAGUGAGGUGGACGACCUGAUCCAGUACCGUUACAACUGCUCCCUGAUGGACGGCACCCUGCUCUACUCCUCGGACCACUAUGAGAAAGCCCCCAUCACCACCCUGGGAGCCAACAAAGUGAUUGAGGGUCUGGACGAGGGCCUGAGGGGCAUGUGUGUGGGAGAGAAGAGGGUGGUGAUCGUCCCACCCCACCUGGGACAUGGAGAAAAUGGAGCCAAGGGUGUUCCCAGCAGUGCCGUGCUGCACUUUGAGCUGGAGCUGUUGGACCUGCAGAAGGGAGUGCCUGACGGCUACAUGUUUGUGUGGCUGGGAGACAGCCCAGAUCCCCUGUUCCCUGCCAUGGACCUCAACAAAGAUCUAUCUGUCCCUCUGGAGGAGUUCACAGCCUUCAUAAACAUCCAGGUGGCAGAGGGCACAGGUCGCCUGAGGCCAGGGAUGGAUGCCGGCGGCAUCAUCAAGGACAUGUUCAACAACCAGGACCGCAACAGGGAUGGCAAGAUAGUGGCUGAGGAGCUCAAACUGAAGGUGGAGGAGGAUUCUGACAAGGCCAGACAUGAGGAGUUGUGAGGGGGUACUGUCGAGCCAGGCGGAAGGGUGUGGGGGGCAGAGAGAGACACAACAGACUGACAGACAGAAUCUAUGCAAUUAGGGGGUUGCUAACUAGCGGAGCUCUUAAAUACAUUUUAUUAUGUAGUAAACACAGGAGGUUGGUGUCAUCUUAAUUGGGGAGGACAGGCUCGUGGUUACGGCUGGAACGGACUAAGUUCAAUGGUAUCAAAUACAUCAAACACAUGGUUUGAUGCCAUUCCAUUUGCUCCGUUCCAGCCGUUAUUAUGAGCCGUUCUCCCCUCAGCAGCCUCCACUGGUUGAAUAUGACCCAAAAUGGUCCAUACUUAUUUAAACGAAGGACUGCUUCCAUGUGUUGUAAAUUGCCUUAUGAAAAUGUGGUUCAUCUGUACUUUUUAUAAAUAACUUAUUCUCAUCAGCCUCAUUAUGUUUGACUCUGAGACACAUUUUGCUAAAAGCACUUUCAUUGAACUACCUUGUCAGCCAUUUGGGAUGGUCCUUCCUCCCAGGAUGCAAUGCAGUUGGCUUCAAAAUGGCUGAAAAUGUCAGCCGUCUCCCACUCCUCCCCUUCUUCCCAGAUAUGAAAAUGAUUUUAAGACUGUAGGUUGUAUAUUUUAAGAGUGGAUAUUUUGUGCAAUACAAGAUUUUGUAAGUGCCUUGCAUUGUAGAACAUACAUCACAAAAAACAUCUGUUUUCUAAUAAAAAAAAACGAUAAAAAAUG